AUGGAAAGUGGAACUGAAGAUCAACCACCAGCCAAAAGAAUAAAAGUUCAGAAAAAACUGACAAGUUUUUUCUCAAGUGAAGCAUUUAGACACUCGGAAUCAGAAGAUAAACAAUCAAAUGAGCCAGCGUUCAUGACAUAUCUUGAUAGUGGUAGCCAGCCUCAACUGAAUUAAGCAGAGUGACACUAUACUGGGACUACACCACUAUUUUAUAACAAUAUAUUCAUGGCAUAUUUGUGAAAAUUGAAGUAUUGGGUGCAGUAUGUGUAGAAAAGUAAAGUCACUAGGUCUAGGAACUUCCACAAUGAAAAAUAGUCACAUUAGUACUGAGUGGAGUGCAUGUUCUGUACGUAGAGAUGGCAAGAAGGCAGUAGUGCAGAAAGCACGCAAAAUCCCAAGCACAUAUUGCUGUAGAUGGCAUUAUAGCUGAAAAAGAAGAAGAAAAGGUUGAGAUAGCAUUACUCAAAAGUGUUGUGCACUCAAGAGAGUUAACAGAGAGAUGCCAUCGGACAACAUAUUUUAUUGGGUACCAAACCGUUCAUUCACCGAUUAUCCAGACAUUCUCGCUCUUCAAAGCAGAAAUGGAAUAGAGUUAGGGUCAAUUUUACAUUCUAGGUACACUUGCACCACCUAAAGCUAGCUAUCUCUGAUGCAGUAUUGUCAAUUGAUGGCUUCUAAACCGUACAAACUUUUUUUUACAAAAUCUAUUCUGUAUAUUCUUACUCAUCUAAGUUACAAUGCAAACUUAGUCAAAUAUCAAUGGAUCUUGAUCUGCAGCUAAAAAAAAUGGUAAAAUUUUCACUGUUCGAUGAAUUGCAUCAUCCUGUAGAGUGAUCAAAUCUUUAUGGAAUGUUUACCUGGCUCUUUAUUCGCAUUUUAAGAAACUUUCAAGUCAAUUAAAUCUACUGUCCAUGCAACGUACCAGGGUAUUGUGAAGAAGCUCUCGACAAGAAAAUUUGUUGAAGAUGUGGCAAUUGUUAAGGACUGUUUAGCCAAACUAUCCUUGCUAUCAGAAGCCUUACAAUAACAGACAAGCUUAGUAGAAGAAAAUAGACAUCUGCAAUGGACAUAAAAUGCACUGUUUCGAUUUAAAGAAUCAAUUCAGGAAGAAAAGUACACAUUCCAAUCGACAACUGGAGAUAAUGCUGGAUUUGAAGGGGUUUCCUUGGAAGCUUUCUCGUCAAGAAAAGGGUAUGUGUCCUUCGAUCAGAAGCAGUUUAUCCAGGCAUUAAUCAAUAACAUCAAUGCAAGGAUGAUCAACCCUAAUAAUGAGGCAGUGAUAAAGCAAUUGGAAGCAUUGAUUCUAGAUAAGUGGAAUAUUCCAACGAUCCUCAAACGACACCCAAGAUUAUUAACGAGAAACUAA